AUGGAACGGUUUUUUAAGAGAAAGUCAUCAUCGGGUUCCGGUAGUUCGAAUAAUGUUGAUAGUUCAAAUACUGUUGGUAGUUCAAGAACUCCAAGUUCAAGACAAAGUCAGUCAGAUGGUGUUUUGGGUAAUCUUCAAGCGGAUCCUGGAUUAAGAACUCGAAUGAUAGAUUAUGAUGCUAAUAUGAGAGAUGAGGUCCGAAGAUCAUAUCUACAAAAAGGACCUUGUCAACCUAGAGGUCAUAAUUUCCCGAUAACUAAUAUGUCGGGAAUUAAUCGACGCUUCAUUCCCCAAUGGUUUGAUGAGUUUGAUUGGUUGGAGUAUAGUAUAUCUAAAGAUGCGGCAUUUUGUCUCUAUUGCUAUCUCUUUAAAACCAAUUUUGAACAAGUGGGUAGUGAAGCUUUCACUGGAGAUGGAUUUAAGAAUUGGAAGAAAGGGAGAGAAAGAUUUAAGAUGCAUAUUGGACCGGUUGGGAGUGUUCAUAAUAAGGCUAGAGAAGCUGCUACAAAUUUGAUGAAUCAUGCUACACAUAUUGAAACGGCAGUGAGCAAACACUCCGACCAAGCUCGUAAGGCCUAUCGCACAUGUUUGAUAGCAUCAAUCAAGUGCACUAAGUUUUUAUUGCGACAAGGUCUUGCUUUUCGUGGCCAUGAUGAAAGUGCCACUUCAAGUAAUAGGGGAAAUUACUUGGAGCUAUUACAAUUCCUUGCAGAUAAUGAUGAUAAAGUUAAAGAAGUUGUGAUGGAAAAUGCUCCGGGGAAUCUCAAAUUACUAGCUCCUUGCAUUCAAAAAGAAAUUGUGAAUUCAUGUGCCCUUGAAACACUUGAUGCUAUCAUGGAUGGUCUAAAAGAUAGAUUCUUUUCAAUAUUGGUGGAUGAAGCACGUGAUGUAUCGGUGAAAGAGCAAAUGGCUAUGGUGUUGCGUUAUGUGGAUGACUCCGGGCAUGUAAUUGAAAGAUUUGUGGGUAUCCAACAUGUUACCGACACUACUUCAAGUUCACUAAAGGAUGCUAUUGACAUAUUCUUUUCUCACAAUGGUUUGAGCAUUUCCAAGCUACGAGGACAAGGUUAUGAUGGUGCUAGCAAUAUGAGAGGUGAGUUGAAUGGCCUUAAAACAAAGAUAUUGAGAGAACAACCUUGUGCAUAUUAUGUUCAUUGCUUUGCUCAUCAACUUCAACUAGCUCUUGUUGCCGUAGCAAAGAAGAAUAUAGACAUUGCCUCUUUUUUUGCAACGGCUAAUAGUGUGGUUAAUCAUGUUGGAGCAUCUUGUAAGCGGCGUGAUUUACUUAGAGGGCAACUUCAAGAAGAGCUAUGUGCAUAUUAUAUUCAUUGCUCUGCUCAUCAACUUCAACUAGCUCUUGUUGCCGUAGCAAAGAAGAAUAUAGACAUUGCCUCUUUUUUUGCAACGGCUAAUAGUGUGGUUAAUCAUGUUGGAGCAUCUUGUAAGCGGCGUGAUUUACUUAGAGGGCAACUUCAAGAAGAGCUUGUGAUAGCUUUUGAAAAUGAUUGUCUUAUAACGGGGCGAGGCUUAAAUCAAGAAACAAGUCUCAAACGUGCCGGUGACACACGAUGGAACUCACACUAUGGUACCUUGAUUAGCAUCAUUUCUAUGUUUUCAUCUGUGGUUCAUGUGCUUCAAAUGGUUAUUGAUGAUAAUCCCAAUGAAAGUGCGGGUGAAGCAAAUAAGUUAAUGAGAGAAAUACGGAGUUUUGAGUUUGUGUUUCACCUUUUCUUGAUGAAGGUCAUAUUGGGACUCACAAAUGAUUUGUCACAAGCAUUGCAAAGGAAAGAUCAAGAAAUUGUUAAUGCAAUGGCUUUAGUGAAAUCAUGCAAGGAAAAGCUACAUUGGAUGAGGAAUAAUGGGUUCGAUGCAUUAGUUGAUGAAGUAUCUUCUUUUUGUGAAAAACAUCAUAUUUAUGUUCCUAACAUGGAAGAUGCAUUUAUACUUCCAGGGAGGUCAAGGCGUAAUGCUCCAAUAAAGACAAAUCGACAUCAUUAUCGUGUGGAGCUAUUUAUUUAUGUCAUUGAUGAGCAAAUUACGGAGUUAGAGGAUCGCUUUAAUGAGGUAAAUACCGAGUUGCUUAUUUGUUUGGCAUGUUUGAGUCCGAAAGAUUCAUUUGUAGCUUUUGAUAAAUCAAAGUUACUUCGUCUUGCUCAAUUUUAUCCUCAAGACUUUUCGGAUGAGGAUCGUUUGGCACUUGAAGAUCAACUUGAGAUUUAUAUUCAUUAUGUGCGUUCCAUGGGUGAUUUCUCUCAAUUGCAAGGGAUUGGUGAUCUUGCAAAAAAAAUGGUGGAGACAAGGAUGCAUCAAGUAUUCAAUUAUGUAUAUUUGCUCAUUACAUUGUCUUUAGUUUUACCGGUUGCAACUGCUUCAGUGGAGAGGGCAUUUUCUGUCAUGAAUAUUGUUAAGGGUCCACUUAGGAACAAAAUGGGAGAUCAAUGGUUGAAAUCUGACACUUCUGAGGCUGUUAUGAUGAUUAAUUCAGGGGAAACUAUUUGGGCUAUUGUCAGCAACAUUGUGGAUGAUGUGAGAGACUUCCUCAUGCGGUUUUCUUUAAAGGAAGUCCAAUUUCGACUUAGGGAGUGUAACAAAGUGGUUCGUGCUAUUGCUUGUUUUGCUUUACACGAACAAGGUCCUUGUUAUUGGUUAGAAGAAGACUCUGUGUGGCUAAUGAAUUGUAUUCUUGAUGACCUUAUUGUAACCAAUGCUUCCGGUUAA